ACAAAACAUCACUCAAACACAUCUACUAUGUCUUCGUCCAUAGACUUGAAUGCAUUCAUUGAUCAUCCCAUUAAUGAUAAGACAUUUGAAUCAACGAUACCUCCGAUAGCACUUCGGGAGGACUGCAUUGCGGGCAUCGAUGAGGCCGGGAGGGGACCUGUUUUGGGUCCAAUGGUCUAUAGUUUGGCUUUCUUUCCAUUAUCUGAAGAAUCACUUCUUAAGAAAUUAGAUUUUGCGGAUUCCAAGACAUUGACUGAAGAGAAGAGAGAAGAGAUCUUCUCAAAGAUCGGCGAAAAUGAAUACAAAAAGAUCGGAUUCCUGGCGACUGUCUUAUCGCCGGUCACUAUAAGUAAUUCAAUGUUCAAACGGUCGAAAUACAAUUUGAAUCAAUUAUCUCACGACACGGCCAUCGCUCUGAUCACUCGCGCCCAACAAAAUGGCGUCAAAAUUAAGAAAGUCUUUUUGGAUACCGUGGGGCCCGCAGACAAAUAUGAGGCUAAACUUAAGCACCUGUUCCCCGACCUGACCAUCAAAGUGUCCAACAAAGCGGACUCUCUGUUCCCGAUAGUGAGCGCCGCCAGUGUUUGUGCGAAAGUCAUUCGCGACAGAGUUGUCAACGACUGGAAGUUUAUUGAACCCAACCUUCACUUCUCUAAAGAAGAUUAUGGUUCCGGAUAUCCGAGUGAUCCAAAGACUAAGAGUUUUUUGUCCAAGAACUUGGAUCCAAUCUUUGGAUACACAACAUUUGUACGGUUCAGUUGGUCCACAAUUAAGAACAUAUUGGAUGACAAAGCCAUCGAUUGUCAAUGGGAAGAAUCGGAAGACGAGGAACCGGUAGUCGAGAGUAAACCCACGAAAAAGAUCUCAAAUUAUUUCAAAGCCGUUAACAGCGAAGAAAAGCCUCAGAAAACACGAUUGAAUGCAUUCUUGAAAGAAAGAAAUCUCGAGCCAAUAACCAGUCCUCAGGAUUUCUGUCACUUUUAACGGAAGCAAAUGUUGGAAUACUUUAGUGAAUCAAUUGGUGACCCAUUUGAACAAAAUUAUUAUAUUUUUUAUUUGAUAAAAAUUGCAAUUUUAUUACUUUACACUUUGAGCCCUUAUAAACCAUCGCAUAUUUUCUCGACC